UCAUCAUCGGCCUCGAUACAUAUAUAAAGGCUCGACGAUAUCGUACAAACAGACAAGCAUACAAUUCGCCUCGCCUCACACGACCACCCACAAACACUCGACUUCCACUCAACCCUCGAAACCUCGAUAGGAGAUCUACGAAUACCGGGCCUAUUAUCCAGUGACCUCGUGUUCAAUACCAUCUCCUACCGCCCCCAAACCUCGAACCCCGUAGUCCACCCUACACAGUAUCGAUCACCUAGACCGCAUCACACCAGCCACCAAAGGAGAAUAGCAGUAGUCGUCCUUCUAUUCUAUGGCUACCUCGGUCUUUCCCCACACCCACACCCAAAUCCACACCCCUGUUCAGUAUCAGAAUCAAAGACGAGAGCGAUCGAUCGGAGAGGAUUCGAAAGAGGCGUACGAUGAUUACGAUGUCCAAUAUCAACACGAACACCAAUACCAAUAUCGACAGUGCAACCAAUUUCAAUACCACGAUCACCAGAACCAGAACCACAAUCACACUUUGAACCACUUGCCCUCGAUCCCUUCUAACGAAGAGCUCCCUGGUCUGAUCGUCCACGACCACACUCACCCUGAGCUUGAACUCGCGUCGGAAGAGUCUUCGCCAUGGUCUACCGCACCUCCCAGUCCCGCCUCGGAGGAGGAGGACGAGAUCGACCCGCUGGGACAUACAAUUGCGGAUCACGUCGUCGAGAAUCCAGAGACGGGUUUGAGAUCGAAAUCGGAGUCAAAGUCGAACCUGAAGCAAGUCUCGUUGAGUUCGAAAGGAGCUACAGUGGUCGAGCAGGAAAGUGCCAACGGGAAUACGGCUUUGGACGUAAAGGAGGCGAACGGGUGGAUAGCGGAGUUGGAUGAAAAGCUGGAUAUGGUCCGGAUCGAAGAACAUCAAAUUCAACAUCAACAUCAACAUCAUCAUGAUUACCAUCAAGAGGAGUCACGUUCUCAGGUUCGAAGCCAGAGCCAGAGGCAGAGACGACAACGAUCUCUUUCUGCACACUCCCAUCCACACAGUCACGGUCAUACCCGCCCUCAAUACAUCUCGGCCGCAACACCCGUUCCGAUCAAUCACGAGAUUGCGGCUCUCCAGUUGGUAGGCGGUCAUAAGGACAAGGGCACAAGUCAGACUAGGAGCCGAACUAGGACUCUCAGUCAAGCGGGAACUCGAGCUCAAUCUCAAGUUCAGGCUCGGGCUGGAUCUCGGGCUCGGUCGAUCGAUAGGUUCGGCGCACCUGCGGGAGGUAACGCUGUUGCCAAUACCUAUAUUCAUGGGUCUGGAAGUGGUCGACCUUUCAGCCCUAUCGUUCGCGGACGGGGGAGGACCGGACGGCUCCCUUCAAACUCGAUUCCGGCUAGUUUUCAGGUCCAUCAACAUUCGCUAUCGGAUGUUCAAGGAGAGGAAAAAGAGAAGGAGAAGGUCGAGCAUACCGCCAAGGUCAUCGUCAAAGAAGUUGAAUUGGAACUCAACUCUGAUGGCGACCACACCAAUAACACCAUCCAAGGCGAUAAACACGUCAAUUCGAGCCCGGUGAUCGCCUCGCCUUCGGCUCGUCGACAGAGAAAGGAGUCAAAAUCCACGGGCCGGGGCGGGAGUUCAUACAACUCGAUUUAUCAGCACUUUCAUCCGGCCGUCGGCUCGUCCGGGUCGGGUUCGGCUCAUUCGCACUCGCCACUCCACGCUCACCUCCACUCGCACUCGCCUUUACACCCCCAUUCUCACUCUCACUCUCAUUCGGCCUCCCCCUGUCCACCUCACCACCAAACCCAGAAACUCGACCCUUACACAGCAACCCUUCCCACCUUGAUCCAAGCACUGCAAGCUCAUACCCUCACCUCGGUGCAGAUAAUCGAGACUUACCUGACCCAGAUCGCCGAGCACAACCCUACGCUCCGAGCCCUCUGUUGGGUUAGAGAUAGGGAGAGCCUUUUGAAUGAGGCUAGGAUGUGUGAUCAGUUCCGAGCUAGGGGGAUCGUCGAUUGGGAAAGGACGCCAUUGUGGGGAGUUCCGAUCGUCGUCAAGGACAACAUCGGUACAGACGAAGAACUCGGACUGCCUACUACCGCCGGGUCUUUCGCUCUCCUCGGGAUGCCAGUCAAGAAGGACGCGUUUAUCGUCCGCAAGCUGCGACAAGCUGGAGCUAUCAUCAUGGCCAAGGCGAACAUGAGCGAGUUGGCGGAUUACAAGAGCGGGAAUGCCGGGCCUGGGUGGAGUGCCGUCGGAGGUCAGACUAUCAACGUCUACGCCGCUCACGCUUCUCCGGGCACCAGCUCGAGUGGAAAUGGGGUAGCGGUAGCUGCCGGAUUCUGCCCGGCGUCUAUCGGGACCGAGACAGACGGCUCGAUCACCCUCCCCUGCCUUCAAUCCUGCUUGUACGGACUCAAACCCACUGUGGGUAUGCUCAGUCGUGCAGGGGUGGUACCGUUCGCGCCUUACUUUGAUACUCCAGGGCCGAUGGCGAAAGACGUCGAGAGUCUGGCUAUCCUCAUGGACGUCAUGAACGGUCGCGAUGAUGAUGAUCUCAAGACUCUCGAGGUAGACAGGAUUCCACGGGGCGUCAGGUACAUCGACAGCUGCGAGAACCCUACUUUUGCAGGCCUGCGGAUCGGCAUACCUCGGAAGAACUGGGUCGACACCGACCCUUGGCGCCGACCUGGUCGAGAGAUCCUUGUACCCGAAAUCGCCAACCCGUUUGAGCAGGUCAUUCAGAUGAUGUCCGCCAGCGGGGCGACGGUUCAAGACCCGGCUGACGUCCCUUCCGCGGUCGAUGGCAGUUUGUGGGAUUGCAUGUGGGGCUCAAGGGCGUUGGUUGUGGCGGCGGACUGUAACCAUUACCUGAGCAAAUAUCUCGAAGGUCUUGGUGGCGAGGGAGGCUGCCGUUCGGUUGCCGAUAUCAUCGACUUCAACGAGAAACAUGCCGACAUCGAGAUGCCUCCCGGCCACCACGGCCAAGAGGUCUUGAAACGCACGCUUACCGCCGCGAAGGUCGACUCGAUCGAGUACGCUCAAGCCAAGGCCGAGAUGAAGCUCGUUGCUGGAAAGCGUGGUCUAGAUGCGGUUAUGGAAGAGUACGAUCUGGAUGCACUGUUUAUGGUUCGAGAGGGACAUCAUUCGGCUGCGGCUAUGGUCGGUUACCCUAUCGCCUCCGUUCCGAUCGGUCUACUGAGCGACAAUACUCCCAUCGGAGGUUUCUUCAUCGGUCGCAAGCACGGCGAACAGACUUUGAUCAGGAUCAUGGCGGCUUGGCAGGCUACUUUUGGAGCUCGACCCCUACCUCCUAUCGCUACCAACGCUUGAACUGCCUCUCCGAUUUGGGCCACCUGUUAUUAAGAUGAACUUGUAUUCCUCUAUGCAGAAAAGCAUGACGUCGCUCGUUGACCCCGCUUUGUGCCUUCGAGGUCUACGCACUAUGAUCGGAGACGAUGAACUGAUGUGGA